AUGGAAGGCCCCUUGGACUUCCAUCCUCCUCUGGACGGGUUCCGCUUCGUGGAGGUGAUCAGCCGGGGCAGCUACGGCCUGGUGAAGCUGGCCCGGCACCUGGCGUCUGGCAAGUACGUGGCCGUGAAGAUCCUCCUGCGAGACGGCUCUCCCAGCAGCCCGCUGUCCGCGCAGGGGGAAGCGGCCAUCCUGAGGAGCCUGCGGCACGACAACAUCGUGCGGCUGCUGGAGGAGCGGCACGCCGGGAAGCACCUGUUCCUGGUCAUGGAGCUGGCGACCAGGGGCUCGCUCCAGAGCUACGUCUUUGAGCAGGGCGGCCUGGCCGAGGACGAGGCCAGGGCCCUGUUCGGCCAGGCGCUGGCCGCCGUGAGCUACUGCCAUGGCCAGCGCGUGGCGCACCGGGACCUCAAGCUGGGCAACCUGCUGCUGGACGCGCACCUCCACAUCAAGCUGGCGGACUUCGGGCUGAGCCUGCGGCUGGAGCAGGGCACGCUGGUAAGGGGCUUCUGGGGGACCCCCGAGUACUGCGCCCCCGAGGUGUUCCUCGGGGAGGCCUACGACCCAUUUCAGGCUGACGUGUGGAGCCUGGGGGUGGUGCUGUUUGCCAUGCUGGAUGCCACGCUGCCCUUCCACGGCAAGGACACGGACAAGCUGCAGGACAGGGUGCUGUGCGGCUGCUAUGUGUUGCCGCGUGCUGUCAGCUCGGCCCUGCAGGAGCUGCUGGCGUGGCUGCUCACCGUCGACGCCUUGGGGAGGCCCAGUGCGGAGGACGCCAGGACCCACUGGUGGUUCAGCCCCGACCGAGAAGCCGCCCAGGAGGACAAGGAGGACGCGGUCACCCUGCUGCAGCCCCUGGGCGUUCCCCGGGACCCAGAGGCCAGGGACUACCUGGAGGGCCUCGGCCUGCUUCCAGGCACGGGGACCGAGGGGCCACCAGGCCCUCAGCCCCACGGCCCCGCGUCCCAGCCCAAGUCCUCGCAGAAUGGUGAGCGCCCCCCCAUAGAGGACGCCGGCUUGUCUCUGAUGUCAGUGUCCUGUGACAGCAUGGCCGUCGACGUUUCCUCCGCACAAAGCGACUCCUCCAAGGCCUCCAGCCAGCCCCAGCAGGAGUGGAGCCCAGCAGCCAGCGCAGCCCCUGACUCCUCCGAGGCCUCCAGCCAGCCACAGCAGGAGUGGAGCCCAACUCCCAGCGCCGCCCCUGAGUCAGCCUCCAUGGCGUCGUCGUCCAGCCCCAGUGCCGAGAGCCCUGCUCCCAGCGCAGCCCCCGACUCCUCCGAGACCCCCAGCCAGCCCCAGCAGGAGUGGAGCCCAGCUCCCAGUGCAGCCCCUGAGCCAGCCUCCAAGGCGUCGUCCUCCAGCCCCAGUGCUGGGAACCAUGGGAACCUCGCAGAGCCAGAAGCCGCCUCAGCAGCCCGUGAGCCCGAUGGGACUAGGACCACAGCCACCACUGACACCACAGCCAGCGCCCAGGACAAGAGGCAGGGCCGGCGCGGGGUCGGCAGGAGGAUCCUCCGCUUCCUGCUGAGGGCGUGCUGCAUCCUGCCGUCCCGAGGGAGCGGCCCUGGCCUCCGCGGCGGCAGAGUGGUCCCCAAGUAG